AUGGUCAAAGUCGCAGAGAACCGUGUCAUUGAUCUCGACCUUCUCCCAGGCGAUCCAAAGGCCGACAGGCUCUCGCAGCAAACCAAAGCUGCAAUCGCCGGCAAAGUUCCCCAAGACGAAGCUCAAGGCGUCUCCUCUAAUACCCAAAGCGCCGUCACUGCCCUUGGAGGCACAGUAGGAGGAGGUGUAAAAGGACUCGUCGAUACACUCGGAAACACCGUUGGAUCUCUCGGUGAGGGCGUGGUUGGAACCGUCCAGGGCGUUGGAGACGGACUGGGCAGCACUGUACAAUUCGCUGGAGGCGCAGUGGGUGCUGGGGCAGGCAAAGUAGGCAAUAUGUUCUCAGGCGGCGAUAAACAGGGCAGUAGUCAAGACGCCAAGGAGGCACAAAAGGAGAGAUUGCAGGAAGCUACAGACAAGACCAAGGAAAUCGGUGGCGAUGUAGCAGGUUCGGUUGAGGAACACAGCAAGCAAGCAACCAACGCGGCCAAAGAGGGUGGUCAAGACACCAAGGAUGCUGCGGAGGGAAUUGCAGAAAACACCAAGGAGAAAGUCGCGGGAGUCUCUUCGUCUUCGUCGUAA